GCGGCCCGCCCGCCUCGGCGCCUCCCCCAACGCCAGCGGCCUGGAGACGUCCCCGGAGAGCAGGUCCUCGUCGUCGGGCUUCGGCAGCAAGAACACCAGCUCGCAGCCCAACCAGAGCGGGCUGAGCGCGCUGAGCGUGUCGCCGCCGUACCGGCCGCCGCCCGCGCCGCCGCAGACCAUGAUGACGGCCUCGACGUCCACCUCGCGGCUGGGCCUGGGGCUGGGCCUGCAGGACUGGAUCGGUAUCACCGCGGGGCUGCCGCAGCGGCCGUCGCCGUCGUCCUUCCAGGACAAGCAGGGCUGCGACGUGAGCGUGGACGGCCACUACGAGUUCGACACGGUGUUCGUGGGCACGCCCACGCGCGACGACCGCGGCCUCAGCGACUCGGAGACCACCUUCCAUGCCACCAUGGACGAGGACCAGGACGCCAGCCAGUCCAGCGACUCGCUGGCGCGCCGCUCCAAGCACGACAAGCACUACAACAUCGAGGCGCGGGUGCAGGCCAUGAAGGAGGAGUUCGCGGCGUUCAGGGAGCGCCAGGCACGCCGGCGACGCAGCCCCCAGCUGGAGAGCGUGUGCUGACCAAAGAUCUCAAAACAUUGCUGGACUUCUCGCGCCCCUGUGGGGCCCCACGGGGGGCAAAGUAAUAAAAUAAUAAUUGUUUUAUUUAUCUAGGUAACAAAGUUAUUUGCGCAAUUGAAUCAAAAUUCGUAUAGAGUUGACUAUACGGAGCGAUAAUGCACAGUUUGAUACUUUUUCAUGUCGAUGCUCAGAAACAACGCCUGGACUGACGGACAACUGACGUACUUUGAACGAUUUCGGGCCGUGAUCCUCGCGGCGUGGUGUUGACGCCCACGUGACGCCCACGUCGCGGUUUGACGCCCUGGCCAUCAAGUGCACUGCCAUUGUGAUGACUGACUGGUAGCUAGCGCUCAAGAGGUACCGACUUAAGUGGAACUAGUUAUCAACUAGUUAUAAAAGGAACCCUAUCAUGUAAUUAUCCAACAAUGAAUUCUAAAUUAUGAGUAAAAUUGAUACUACUAGUUGUUAGUUGAUGAAUGUGUGUGUGAAUGGCUUCGCCUAGUGCGAAGCAACAGACUAUGUAUUUGUAUGCGUUUUAUUAAACCCUUCACUGCUAUGAGGAUCAUGCAGCACCUCUGUUCUAUUAGAUGAACCAUUAUAUGAUAUUCUAAGGAGCUGAGCUCAAACUAGGAGACUACUUCAAAUCAAAUGAAUUGAACAUUUACUCAAAUUAUGAAGAAUAUGGUAUUUCUUGUUGACAACGUGGGUUUGACUUCUGCCAGCUCACGUAGCAAAACACUAACGCUUAACCUUUUGACGAUUUGUGUUCAUGCUUUGAACUGUUUUUGGGUGAUGUCUGAUUUUGUCAAAUUGACGACUUCAAUGGUUAACUUAUUUAUUUCCGCACAAUGUUUAAUUUAUAUGAACAGUGAUCUGUUUACAUCUUAAUUGUUAUGCUCUCAUGUAUUUACAAGAUGUUGGAAAUUAUAUUUAUUGGACUUUGUUCUGAAAGUACAAAGAGUCAAAGUACUCAAUUAUUUUAUAGUAGCUUUGUUCAAAUUAUUAUUACUUUUAUUAUUAUUAAUUUAUUUAUUUGUGUACAACAAAGUCCGUAGAGGCUUUCACUAUUUUGUUGGUUCCUACCGUUACUCACUUGGUACAUUAAUGCCUUACUUGCCACGUUGUUUGAUACUCAAUUAAUUGUUUAUGCAACCUGUUAUGUUUUUCUGCCAUUCGUAUCUCUACCCCAUUUCAUUUGUGUGUUGUGUGAAUGUGUGUUCAUUUGGCUGAGGGUACCCAUGUCAAUGACUAUGCUAAAUGUCCUACCAUCUGUCUUAAUUACAUUUCCUGAUAUACUUGGCUGAGCAUACCCAUGCCAAUACCGGGUCUGUAUUAAUCAAGUCACGAUCUUUUUUUUUAUAUUUUACCUCGUGGCUUAACAAAAUUUGUAUAUAAGAUUUAGAUAUAGGUAAGUCCCUGUUAUGAUCGUUGAGGAAGAUAUCCUCAGAUGCUGCAAUAUUACAGAUAUAUUCUAAAUUUUUUAAAAUCAAACACAAAUAUAGGUCUGCAAGUAAUGUAUGUUCUUAAACUUGUGUAAAUAUAUAAUAAAAAUGCAACACAAUUUAGUACUUUAUAAAUACA